CGCGCUGGGAACGAGGCCGAGCGGGCCGGGGCGCGGGGACCGGGCCGAGGCCGAGCCGAGCGGCUCCGCGGCGGCGGCCGGGAGGGGGGAGGACGGCGCAGAGCUCCCGCCUCCCGGGCUGAGGGGGGUGCUGGGAGCUGCCGAUAAGAAAGUUGAUUGCAAGAGCCGGACUGUUUACUUCGGCGGAGGAAGGAGGAGCUCCGCUCUGCGUGGCUAACCGGCCGGGAGCUGUGGCCCCGCCUAAGGCGGCUGGGACCUGAGUGCUCUUUGGGAAGAUAUCCUCCGGUGAGGAUUAACAGCAGCAGAUUAGGAGAUGUGAGCAGAUGGCAUGCUGCCGGAGCUCAGGGCUGUGCCUGUGAAGCUGGGCUGACUGGGAUCUGUUACUGAAUUUUAGGAAAGGAAGAUGGAUCAGCCUCCUGGAAGGAGUUUUAUGCAAGUGUUAUGUGAAAAAUAUAGUCCUGAAAACUUUCCUUACCGCCGUGGUCCUGGGAUGGGAGUCCACGUCCCAGCUACACCUCAGGGCUCUCCUAUGAAAGAUCGCCUCAACCUCCCCAGCGUCCUGGUGCUGAACAGCUGCGGGAUCACCUGUGCGGGCGAGGAAACCGAAAUCGCUGCCUUUUGCGCUCACGUGUCGGAGCUGGACCUUUCUGACAACAAGCUCGAAGACUGGCAGGAGGUCAGUAAAAUUGUGUCAAAUGUUCCCCAGUUGGAGUUUCUAAACCUGAGUUCCAACCCUCUGAAUUUGUCAGUUUUAGAAAGAACAUGUGCUGGGUCCUUCUCUGGGGUUCGCAAACUUGUCCUCAAUAACAGCAAAGCCUCCUGGGAGACAGUGCACACGAUCCUGCAGGAGCUGCCAGAUUUGGAGGAGCUCUUCCUGUGCCUUAAUGACUAUGAAACAGUGUCUUGUCCUUCCAUUUGCUGUCAUUCUCUGAAGCUCCUACAUAUAACAGACAACAACCUCCAAGACUGGACUGAAAUACGAAAGUUAGGAGCAAUGUUUCCUUCGCUGGAUACCCUGGUCCUGGCCAACAACCACCUGAACGCUAUUGAGGAGCCUGACGACUCACUGGCCAGGUUGUUUCCUAACCUGCGGUCCAUCAGCCUCCACAAGUCAGGUUUGCAGUCCUGGGAAGACAUUGACAAACUAAAUUCAUUCCCUAAACUUGAAGAAGUGAGAUUGUUAGGCAUUCCUCUUCUGCAGCCAUACACCACCGAGGAGCGCAGGAAGUUGGUGAUAGCCAGAUUGCCAUCAGUUUCCAAACUUAAUGGCAGUGUUGUUACCGACGAUGAGCGUGAAGACUCGGAGAGGUUUUUCAUUCGUUACUACGUGGCUGUUCCGCAGGAAGAAGUGCCGUUCAGGUAUCACGAACUGAUCACAAAAUACGGGAAGUUGGAGCCUUUGGCAGAAGUGGAUCUAAGGCCGCAGAGCAGUGCAAAGGUAGAAGUCCACUUUAACGAUCAGGUGGAGGAAAUGAGCAUUCGUCUGGACCAGACCGUGGCAGAACUAAAGAAACAGUUAAAGAGCCUCGUGCAGCUGCCCCCGAGCAGCAUGCUGCUCUACCACUUCGACCACGAGGCGCCCUUCGGCCCCGAGGAGAUGAAGUACAGCUCCCGGGCCCUGCACUCCUUCGGCAUUAGGGAUGGGGAUAAGAUCUACGUAGAGUCCAAAGCCAAGUGACCUCUCAGGCGGACUGCACCCCCCGGACUGCCGCAGGCCCCGUUUCCCGGGUUUUCUUUAGGAGGGAGAGAUGGGUUUGCUUUGGUUUUGCUUUGCUUUGUUUAGGGGGUGGAGGUGUAUCCCCCACCCCUGGAAUGGGUGGGGGCUGUUUGAUGUAUUUUUUACCAAGAUUUCUUUAGCUCUGCCGGCAGAAUUGACUCCAUCGCCAGCCCGUGUGCCCUCCCUCCCGAAGGGAUGCCUGAGGAACCCCGUCUUACUGUGUGCACCGGCCGCCUGCUGCGUCAGACCAGGAGGACGAGGGCGGCAUGGGCAGGGCCUCCCUCCGAGGGUGUCUGGAGAAGUCAGGAAACGGGGGUCCUGGGCAGGGCCCGCCCUGCACUCUGUGGUGAACGAUGGGAACUAGAAUCGGAGGCGCUGCAGGUCCAGUUCUCGCCUGGGACUUGGUGGUGCCAUGAUGGGCGGGGCCUCCUUGUUUCAGGUUCACUUGGUCGCCCUGCAGCACCGCUCUGAUUUAUGAGUAAAGUACAAGUGUCCAAAUUCAAAACUGCCUCCAGGUCAGGUUUUUUGCAGAAGCAUAUUUAAAGCACUUUUCUUUGAAAUCUAGUUCCUUCCCUGCUCUGACGUCUUGAUUUAUUCCAUUCCUUUGUCAGUCAGUACAGGCUCUUUCUUUAAAAUGUGUUUUCCUUGGUCCACCAUGUGUACAGAGACAGCAUAGGCGGGCAGGAGGCGUGCACAGGCAGGAUUUUUCAGAGAAUCUAAUCAUUAGGAUGGUUUUUGACCUUUUAAUUGAUUCCACCACUCCUGUGAAUUUCUUCGGAAAUUUCUUAGGUGGCUUGUAAAUUCUUCAUAUAUAUGGUGUUGUUUAUUACUGUUACUUUUUAAACUGUCCUAUGCCGUAAUAGCAGAUAUUUAUUCUCUUAUGCACUUCAGGUUCAGUGUUUGUAAAGCCCUUGACCCAGGCCUCUCGAGUCCAAUCUGCAUUCACCGACAGUGAAGGUGGGAACCAAAGGGAGUGAGGGCACGAGGCCUCCUCUCCCCUCCGGGCUCGGUCCUUCCCAGGCAGAAGGGGGCCGUGGGGCCGCGCUGCACAUAGAUCAGAGUCAUUAUUUUGCAAUCACAAUUUCCUGGCAUAUUUUUGGAAGUGGGCAGUGUGGUCCUCUGUCUGAAGGUUAAACUGGGGAGGCUUUGUGUGUGUGUGCGUGAGUGCAGGCGCGUUCGGGAGCGGAACAGGUUAGCUGAGCCUUUGCUUUUGUCAGCCAGGGAGAUAGAUGCACCCUUAUUUUUGAGGUUGUGUGGCCCCUGACUGUCCCCCACUGAAGGCAGAGGGAACACUCGGGUUUGCUUUAAUCAUAAGCGGGAGGGUCACAAUGGAUGAGAUAUUUUAUAUAUGACAGAGUUCUAUGAGAUGCUUUUGUACUGUUAGAGGCCUGCCAGGGGCAGGUGCACUUCCAUUACACACGCACGUGGCAGGGGACCGCUCCUCUCUGUGGGUGUGGGUAUUGUAGGGCAUUGAAACUGAUGGUUUUAAAACUUGCUGAAUAAUUUUUGAUUGAGACAAAAUUAAUAAAAUUGCUGGUCUUUUAGAGUUAGAGCAGUGAGAAAAGGGAUUUGAGCGUGUGUACUUGUAGACUUGUUUGGGUGGCUGAGUAAUGCUUCUUCUGAAAUAAAAUUGGUGCUGCGUAGACACUCGUAACCAAAAUUAUUUGUAUAGCAGGCCAAGGAGGGAGGACACCGUGGGCCUCUGAGUCCACAGCGAUGCAUAGUUGAUUGCUGCUUUCUCUGUUUUGAUCCUGACUUCCUCCAGGUUCAGUGAGAGCGUAUCUGUGAUCAGAAUGCCAUCAUAGCCAGUAUUACAGCUUGGUUGCUGCCUAUCUUUUCUAAAAUAGACAUUCUUUUCAGUUAUGGAAAAGGAAAGGACUAAUAAAAGAAAUCUAAACCAAAACCAAGGGAUUCUUUUGAUGUGAGCAUGUAGCUGCUGAAGCCACAUAGAAAUCAAUUUUUUUAUUUGAAAUAUCCCAGAGUGUUUUAAAGAAAAUAAGUUCAGAGUCGUGUGUCUUUUUAGAAGUUUCUAUUGUUUCUGCAACUUAUUGCCAUAAAUACAUAAGAAAGCAGCAGGCAUUAUAUAACCUCUGUUUCUUUUGAACCUUUUGAUGAAAACCCAAAAUGGGAGCUGUGUGUAAUAGGGCCUAAUGUUACUGUGCUAUGUUUAAAAAUGUUGUUUACAUAACAAAGGGAAAGUUCAGUUCUGGUCCAACAUUUCAGCCAUGUCAGCUGGGUUGCACAUUUCAGCUGGGCUGCAGUCACGUGUCAGCUGGGUUGCACACGUCAGCGGGGUUGCGGUCACGUGUUGUCUGGGUUGUGAGCUGCACCACGGCGGGGUGCCAGGCCGUGCUCUCCGCGGGCAUUUGUGUGUGUGUCUGGCUUCCCUGCUCCGUGUUGGACGGACUUACAGACGAACUGCUCUCCAGAGCACCGGACCGGGUGACGGCGCCGAGUGCUGUCCUCCGGCGCGCGUGGUCGGCGGGGGGGGGCUUGGCUCCUGCAGUUGAUGGAAAUAUAUAUUUUAUUUCAGAAUAUAAUUUAAACAUGUCCUUUGCACUUUUUAUUAAUAUAUAGAGAGAGUUAAUCUUUAAAAAAAUUAAAAAUCCAAGUCCACGUU